AGAGAGAGAGAGAGCAAACUUUGUCACGCUGCCGCUGCACCGACGCUCGUCUCCGCACACACCGGGACAAAGAGGACCACUUCUCCGCGACUGGUGUUGUUACAUUUUCCCCUGGCCUCUCCAUCAACCAUUUCCCACUGUGUGAAGAAAAGUGAAAAAGAGUAUUAAUGAAUCAAUAUUCGCUAGCCGACGCCAUGACAGACAAAGGAAACUUCACAGUUCCGAAGUUAUCAGAGUCUAACAUGGGAUUUGGCGUGCUGGGAGUGUUUCUGGGGCUGCUCCUAGAGGUCUCCACCCAUGGACCCCACGCUGUGCCUCGAACCUCUUGGAGACACCAAGAUUUAGAUCUGAUGGAGUUUUCGGAGCCUGACAUCUUCAACUACUCCACGUUGUUGCUGAGUGACAAAAGUGAUGCGCUGUAUGUUGGAGCCAGGGAGGCCAUCUUUGAGCUCAGCAAGAAGAACGUGACUGUCAAAAACAACAAGGCUCAAUGGACAGUUGCAGAAAACCCCAUGAUGAUGUGUACGCUUAAAGGAAAAUCAAAAGAGAGAGAUUGUCUUAACUACAUCAGAGUGCUCCAAGUCGUAGACGAUAAGCGGCUCUACGUCUGCGGCACGCACGCAUUCCAACCUCAGUGUGACUACUUGAGCCUCGCUGACUUCUCGUUGGACGGUCGACCUGAAGAUGGCCGGGGAAAGUGCUCCUUUGACCCGUCACAAAGCUUUACUACUGUCAUGGUUGAUGGAGAGCUGUACUCGGGGACGGCUUAUAAUUUCUUAGGCAGCGAACCGAUUAUAUCCAAAUACUCUCCAUCACAGUCCCUGCUGAGGACAGAGUACUCCACAUCAUGGCUCAAUGAGCCCAGUUUUGUUUUUGCCGACGUGAUCAGCGAAGGGGGUAACAGAGUAGAAGGCGAAGACGAUAAAAUCUACUACUUCUUCACCGAGGUGUCAGUGGAGUACGAAUUCUUUGGCAAGCUGCUCAUCCCCAGGGUGGCGCGCGUCUGUAAGGGUGACCUCGGGGGGCAGCGCACCCUGCAGAAGAAAUGGACGUCCUUCCUGAAAGCCAAGCUGGUGUGCUCCAUGCCCGAGCUCAACUUUGUUUUCAACGUAGUCCAUGACGUCUUCAUCCUGAAGGGGGCAGACUGGAGAGACACCGUCAUCUACGGGGUCUUCACCUCCCAGUGGGGUAACGUGGGCUUGUCAGCAGUGUGCGCUUACAACAUGACAGCUGUGGAAGAAGUCUUCUCCAAGGGCAAGUACAUGCAGAAGGCCACAGUGGAGCAGUCCCACACCAAGUGGGUCCGGUACAACGGCAUCACUCCUUCUCCUCGUCCUGGAGCAUGUAUUAACAACCUGAUGCGGCGGCAGAACAUCAGCAGCUCCCUCCACCUGCCAGACAAGACCCUCCAGUUUGUGAAGGACCACCCCCUGCUGGAGGACCCCGUCCUGCCCAUCGGAAAUGGGCCUCGGCUCAUCACCAAAGACGUCAACUACACUCAGAUUGUUGUGGAGAGGGUCCGUGCGCUCGAUAAGAACAUUUAUGACGUCAUCUUCACCGGAACAGAUAAGGGAAUCCUGCACAAGUCGGUGGUGUAUGAAGGAGAAGUGCACAUUGUGGAGGAGAUCCAGCUACUGAAGAAAUCUGAGUCCAUUAAGAACCUGCUGCUGUCCUCAGAGACCCGGUCCCUGUACGCUGGUUCUGACUCCGGUGUGGUCCAGUCCCCCACAGCCUUCUGCGGCCGGUAUCUGUCCUGCGAUGACUGCGUCCUGGCUCGGGACCCGUACUGUGCCUGGGACCCUCACGCUGCUGCCUGCGUCAUUAUCUUUGAUGUUCCCAGCAAACAGCACGGGAAGCUAAUCCAGAGCCUGAAAGGUGACGCAGACAAGUGUCCGGCAGCAUCAAGUCUGUCUCUGAAGGACUACCGCCGUGUGACGGUGAAACCAGGUAGCUCUGCUGAGCUGCCGUGCCUGGGACACUCCAACCUGGCCCAGGUGAUGUGGAAGUCCAACGGCUCGGCCCUCACCGAGGCCUCUCGCUUCCACCUCAUAGGCGAGAACGGCCUCCUCAUUUACAGCGUGGCUCCAGAGGACCAGGGUCACUACGAGUGCUGGUCAGUGGAAUGGGCCCCGGCUGCUGGGAAGAACUUCAGCCGCCUCCUGGCCGGAUACGUCCUCACUCUGGACCUCCCGCCCGGAGCUCCAAACCAGGCGGGCCACGUUUCCACCACCCUCGUCAGCCAGGAGACAUCGAGCACACGCGCAGCUGAAGGUAAUGGUAAGACAGACAGAGCCCUACUAACGUCGGCCCUCGCCCCUCCCAGCUUCACAGCCACAGUCCAGUUGACCUCCCCGCCCCAAACUGACUCAUCACUAACACCGCCGCCCAGCAGCACCAUCAAGUUCCCGCCGAAGCAGCAUCCUCCCCCCAGCUCUAACGCUCCGCGCCCAGAAAACUCAGGAGACCCGGCGGCUGAGUAUUUGCAGCACAACAACAGCACCGCCCUCCUCUUCCUCUUCCUCCUGUUCUUCCUCCUCUUCCUGGCCGCCCUGGUGUACAACUGCUACAUGCAGUAUCUCCCAGCUCCCUGCCUGCGGUUGAGAGCUGCUCUGUUGGGCAGUCACAAGAGCGCCAUUCAGCCCGAGUACCGGGCCUGUGAGGCGGGUCUGAUGGAAUCAUCCGCAACCAAUAAAAUUAACAUGACGGAGCAACCGACGCAGAACGGCAGCCAAACCACUCAAAACCUCCGGGCGCUCCGCGACACCGGGUACGAGACUGAACCCGAGUGUGGCAACGGUCAGAUCCCGUCCCACACUUUUGGGAACGACAGCCCGUCACAGGAGAAACCCUUCGACGUGGACUGUGAUUCUCAGUCCAUCCAGUUUGCAGAUGCAGAUGAACCUUACUAGUAGCCAGAAGCCUCUGCUCUGCUUAGGUUUCUCCAGCGGGGGCUUCAGAUAGGGGUUCACACUCUCGCUGCUUUUUUCCACGACUCACAAGUCUUUAGUGCUUUCCUCUAUAUGAAAGGACGUUCAGUGUACAGCAUCGCAUGAAGUUUAAUCAUCACAAGGCGUCAGGUGUUCCACUCGCCUGGAGAGAGAUUUAACUCCUGUCUGGUCUAGGGUUUAUGAUGAUGAAGCAAAAAACUGUUUUCACAGAAGCUGCACCCUCUCAGCUUAGUCCAGCAAGAAAAGCUAUUUCUUAAAUUCCAAAUUGGAAACAUUGUUUACCAAAUUGGUAAGUUGCCUUGAUGUUUUCCAAAUUGGAGUCUUUUUUUUUUUUUUUUUGUACAGCCUGGAUGAAAAAUAGUCUCUUGAAGCUUUUUGCAUUUUGAUUUUUUUUUUUUUAGAAGCAACAUGUAGGCUAAUGGACUGAGGUCAAUGCUUCAACAUUAAAGUGAUUUCUCAGGGAAGAUUUGCUCAGCACGUUAUAGCCUAGCUUUGUACGGUGUUGCCAUCUGCUUCACUGCUUCUGGUACGUGGCCCUUUUAUCUCACCCAGUGAAUCGGCAAUGUCGGGUUUGAAAGUCAGAGGAAGAGAGGAGAAAAAAAAACAAGAGGACAAGCGAGGACUUGCAUGAUUUAAAAAUGCUUGAAAAAAAAAAUCAAACCACUGUCUUGUGUAGAGCUGUCUUUGAGUGACAAUGUUGAGUUUCUCUACUCUGAUGGUCCUGUGUAUUAACCUCUACUAGUCAUUUACCCUCAUGUGGUCUGUUAAUAACGUAAAUAUGUUCUGUAUGACGUGAUGCUUGAUUAAAUCAUCCAUCAGCCCCUGGACACAGUCUAUAAAAAGUUAUUUUUUUAUUAUUAUUUUUAACUAAGCCUUCAGUUUUAGAACAUUUGCAGAGAAUUAUUAUUUAAGAGUCACAUCUGUGGAAAUAUCAUUCUGUCUAUUGUGUAUAAGUAGUUGUGAUCAUCCUCAUUUGUUUUUAGUUUAUUUAUUACAGCACAUUUUUUUUUUUUUUUUUUUAUAGAUUCCAGCUCAUUAGUCUUCCUCUUGUCUGUGUUGCAUGUCACCCCUUGUUUAGAUUUCCUGUUUUCCUCAAUACUCUCUUUUCCCAUCACUCCCUCCCUCACAGUCUCCUCUCCCGUCGACACUUCAUCCUCCCUGUCCUCCUCUGGAAGUAGCACUCCCUCUGCCCUCCCUUCCUCCUCCUCUUCCUCUUCUUCUUCCACCUCUUCCUUCACCAAGCCCCACAUUGUGGAGGCCCGGGAGGCAGAGGUGAGACUGUUGCCUCCCUUGCUGAAGGACCAGGCCUGGGGGGUUCAUGCCCAGGAGGCCUUCCUCCUCUUCUGCCUGGCGUUGGGUGAGUGGUGUCUGUGACGUUGACUCGGCUCACACCUCCCGAACUGGAAAUCCAUUCCUCUCACUUUUUAACCCUCCCUUUUUCACUCUCUCUCUCUAUGCUUUCUGCACGUUGCAUGUUUCCUAAACAUAAACUAACCAGGAGUGUAUGUGUGUGUGUGUUUCUGGACCUUUUUAUAACAAGCCUGUCCUGUUCGAGGCGUAGUGGAGAACUAUUCAUCUCCAUCUUAGGUGUCUGGUGAGAUACCUGCAUAAUUAGUAAAUGUUGAAAAAGACAAGAUUCAAUAUUAAACCGUCAGCCUCUCAGUGAUCUGAUUGGCUUACAAUUCUCAAUUAUAUGUGAAUGAAAGGUACAGUUUUGUUUAUAGUAUUAUGUAACAACAGUCGGACGUGAAACCUGUAAAAUUUAGAAGUGGAUCCUUUUUUUUUUUUUAUCCAGGGUGUUAUUGUAGACUCAAAUGUCUUACAUCUCAAUACUUUAUCUGGAUCAUUUUUGUGCCUGUAAACAAGUGUAAAUAUAGUUGUAUAUAUGGAAAAAUACCAUUUGAAGAUGUACAUAAAUUUAGGGGUACGUUUUGGGACAAUUUUUCUUGGUAGGGAGGCUAAA